CCGGCGGUUCGCUAUUUCGAUGCUCGAAUUGUACGAUUGAUUUUUCAUCGUCGAUCAUUAAACGAAAACAAAAUUCAUCAUUGGUAUCGAUCCAUCAUUUUCGCGCCAGGCCAGCAUGUGUAAAACACAGCUGCAUUCCGAUACAAUUAAUUUCCCAUCGGGUAUCGUGUCACGGAGAUCGCUUGCGUGAAUUUGAACAAUUUUACGGAUUUUUAGAUAGCUUCUUGACGCUACCUUCGUUAUUCUUUUAUCUAAAAAAUUAAUUCGGUAUACAUAUAACGUGUAGAAACUAAAAUUAAAACAUUUUAUCCACCCCCUUUUGGGUAUAUACACUUUAGACACAUUAAUUCGGUUGCAUCGUACGAAAGAAUAAAAAAAUAUGCCUUCGCCGUCAAUUUUUCUUUUAUUUUAAUAUUUCAAUGAUUUGUUCUUGGCCAUUGAUCACGAUGUGAAUGUUAGUAUACAUAUAUGUAUACGCCAACGAUGCAAAUGGGUUAAAACGAAGGUGGCCGUAAAACGUAGACGCGGAAAGAAUUUCUUUUUAUUUCAAUAACAAAACUUCUAUUGAGCAAACGUAUAAUAGCGAAACAAGUGUACAAAAUUGAUCGGUUCUAAUCGCGCUAGAUUUCUCGAGGAAGCAUAGAUUGAGUAAUGGACGUAUAAAAUCCAGGUGGAGCAAAGACAUUGAAGAGGAAAAUACGAAUCGUAUGUUCAUUGUUUUAAAGGCAUACAUAUGAAAGUGCAGUGUACUUGUGUAUAUGUAGAAAAAAUGAUGAAUGAAUGUGCCGGCCUAAUCCUUCAUGCUGUCUCUUGAAGAGUACUUUUUAUAUUACUGUGCCGAUGCCCCUUUACCCGCACUCACUUUUCUGGAAAUCUUGUUGAAUUGUGGCCCACCAACACUGAUUCUGUAGUUUCCAGCCUCCACCGAUAUCCACCAUUUCCACCAUUACACAAUUUUGCUUUGUAAAACAUGUUCAUAAUAAAAAAAACAAAAAGAAAUACAAAAAAGGUAUUUAAUCGAAAGGGAGCUUCUUUUAUUUCGAACAUGAAACUGUUUUUUUUUCAUCUGAAAACAAAAUAGCACCUGUGCUCCGUGCUUUCGAUUUUGUGAAUAGAAAAUUGUAAAAAUCCGCGAACCAACGUGCUCCCCUUCUUUAUCGACAUAGUAUAAAAUUGUAUCGUGUGGUUGGCCCGUAUCUCGACGACAGUAGAAGUCGCUGCGCGAUGGAUGCGUAAGGUCGACGUUGGUCCGCGGGUCUUUUGUGGUUCCUUGUUGUGCCUCGUUUUUGUUUACAUUUUAGUUCGUUUAAAAAUGUUAUAAGCUUUCAUUUAUUCCUUCGAAGUUGUCUAGUGUCGGUCGAGCGUGACUUCUACAUCGAUGAUGAAAAACGCAAAAGUCAAAGCGAGACAAUGUAUGGAGCGUUUUGGAGAUCAAGGGGGAUACUUUGACGUCGUGGUACGUCCAAUGCUGCAGCAAGGACACGAAGGAGAGCUGUGCGGGUGGUUGAAAGAAAUGAGUUUGAUCAGGACUGUUUCCAAUUGCCCUCAUCCCGAAUGUAAAGGGAGAAGUUUGGCUUGGAAUCAAGCAAGAAUUGUAGAUAAAUAUAGUUGGUCCUGUCCGAAUUGUACAAGGAAACAAUCUAUAAGAGAAAAUUCCUUUUUCGUUGGAAUCAAAUGCGACCUGAAAAUGUGCCUUCAACUGAUAUUAGGGUGGUGUCAAAUGAUACCUAGCGAACUUACUGCCAAUUAUUUAGAAAUAAAGAAACACGUAGUUAAGAAAGUAUACGAAAGAUGCGACGAAGUUUCCGAAAAUUAUGUAGCGACUCAUCCGGAAGAUUGGGUUUUGGGAGGUCAAAGUGCAAUAUUAAUUGUGGAUGAAUUCCCUAAUGGAUAUAUGACAGAGAACCCAUCAGAUAUUACUACUGCCAAGAAACGCAAUAAUAACUCUCAUACCAUACUGUGUAUAGCUGAAGCAAAUACUAUACCGACUCGUAUGUGGUUACACAUGAUCGAAGCAAUUCCAGAGCCAAUCAAAAUAGAUAAAUCUCACGGGGAUAUUGAUAAAUGCAAUAUGGUUAAAGAAACUCUAACAGAAAUCAUGAAACAUAGUGCUCCCGGUAGUUAUAUCGUGGCGAAUAGCCGAGCACGUUGUUGCAGCUAUGAAUCACUUCGGGAAUUGAAACAAUACAAGGUGAUCAGUGUCGAACACCUGCAAAAGUUUGAUCCGCCGGGUAAAAGCAAACUUCUGAACAAUUUAGAAACAAUAUGGCAAACCAGCGUCGAAAUUUGCGAAGACGUUCAAGAAACUACACACAACCUAGGACAGCGUAUAAUAGCAAAGCAUUUAUGGAGACAAAGAUUCGGUACGUCACCUUCCAUGGCAUUUCAGUACAUGCUUAAUCACAUUGCAGAAUGUUAUCGCUUUGUUUGAACUGAUUUAUUUCAGUAUUUUUCAACUAAUUUUAGUCUGUUUUUCUAUUAUUACAAGCAAUAUCAACUGUUAGCAAAUGACAUAUUUUUUCUAAAAUAAGGUUUUACGAAAUAAUACUUUAAUUCGAAUUAAUACUUAGUAAUAGGGGGGGGGGCGGACGACAAUUGCCAGUUGAAUUGGCAAUGUUAUUGCGUCUUGAUUGCACAAGUUGCACAAAUGGCCUUAUUGAAAUUAGAAAAAAAAAAAUAAUACUUAUAAAGGAAGUAUACAUAUAUAUAUAUAUAUAUAUAUAUACUACAAGAAGUAUGUUCGUAAAGAGGAGAAUACGUUUCAAUAUUUAACUGAAACACGCACUUUGUGUCUUCCAAAUAUCAAAAUAUAAAUCAUUUUGAAGUUAAAUGUUUAUGAGGAUUGUUGACUAGUUAGAGCUAUAUCAUUAUAUGAAACUUGAAUCUGUUAAAGCACAUUUAAAAGGUACUGUUUGCUUAAGAUUUUUCACUUUUUUAUGAAUUUAGGUUGAAAAACUAGCUAUUAAAAGACUGACAAUGAUAUUGAU